AUGGACCGCGCGAAACACAACGAGCCGAAGCGAGGCCGGCUGUUCCUCAAUGCGAUCAUUCGACACCUCGAGGAGAUCAUUGCAGCGACGGCAAGGCGGAUCCAAGUGGUCGUGGUAUUUGGUCAUCCCAUCCUUCGUCCCGAGCUCAAGCGGAACACCGUGCUCGAUCGCCAAGAUCGCCAGCAGCCGCAACAGCCUUCCGAUAAGUCGACCCCUGUCACCCACCCCGUCCCCUUCAUCACGAACGACACCCUCGCCGCGUGCGUUCACGGACGAUCGAGCAAAGAAUGGGAGGUCGCUUUUUUCCACGGUGACGAGCCAACCCGAGUUGCCACCUUUGUUCGCUGGUCCGAGCAAGGCUUGCUCGUCGUCGCGGCCCACGAGGCCGAUCCCCUCGUCUCGGCGUCGACCAAGUUUGGCCAGAUCUGCGACGUUGCGCUCGAACCCAACCGCGUCGUCCUCGUGAGCGCCGACAGCGACUUUUUCAUGCUUCUCGGCGCCGACCAAGCCCGUUAA